CACUUCCUCUUUCAUUGUUGCUGAGAAUGUUCCAGACUCGGUGAGAAGCAAAAAUUCAUCAUCUCUGAAGAACUCUCACCAGCCCUAUUGAAGAAAUUCACAGAACGUUGACUGUGGCAACUGGAGAAAUGGGAAGCAAAUGCCUGACACAUGCCCCAGUUCCUGUCAUGCUGCUUAUCUGGUCGAUAUUACAAGUAAUGAAUAUGUCAGCUUCCUGCCCCAAUUGCAGUGAAAAUGCCAGCUGCUUCAACAGUACCCACUGUAUUUGUAAAGAAGGAUUCUGGACAGGCUCUGAGAAUCAAAGGAUUAUUGAGCCCCAUGUGAAAUGUCAAGAUAUCGAUGAGUGUCUAUUGCAAGAACCGGUGUGCAAGGAUGUGUCAUACUGUAGAAAUAAAAUUGGGACUUACAUAUGCAGCUGUGUAGUAAAAUAUCCCUUAUUCAACUGGAUAGCAGGCUUUAUUAAUAUUGAUCACCCUGAUUGUUAUGUGAACAACAGCAAGAAAAUAGCAUCAAAAACAUGUACUAUGGGAGUACUGAGUGGAUGUAAAUCCAAGGAGGAUAUUGCAAAAGGGGCUACCAGGUUACUUCAGCAAGUAGAACUUCACAUCUUGAAUGAAAACUCAGCUACACCAAAAAAGAAUGAAAAUCCUUCAUGGGAUAUAGUGUAUGAAACUAAGAGGUGCAAAAGGAUGACUCUUCUAGAAGCUGGAAACAAUACAAUGAAGGUUGACUGCACUAGUGCUUUCAGAGAAAACAAGAGUGAAGGUGAAACAGCAGUGGCUUUUAUUGCAUAUAAGUCUCUUGGAAAUCUUCUAAAUGGGUCCUUUUUUGGUAACAAAGAGGGGUUUCAGGAAGUAAAAUUGAACUCUCAUAUUGUUAGUGGAGCCAUUCGCUCAGAAAUCAAACCUGUCCUAUCGGAACCUGUACUCCUGACUUUACAAAAUAUUCAGCCCAUUGACUCAAGAGCAAAACAUCUCUGUGUCUAUUGGGAAGGAUCAGAGGAAGGGGGUAGCUGGUCUACUAAGGGAUGCUCUCAUGUGUACACCAAUAACUCCUACACCAUUUGCAAAUGUUUCCACCUGUCCAGCUUUGCUGUGCUCAUGGCUCUAUCCAACGAGGAGGAUGGUGUGCUUUCUGCACUCUCUGUGAUCACCUAUGUGGGACUGAGUCUUUCUCUCUUGUGCCUAUUUCUGGCGGUCAUCACUUUUCUCCUGUGCCGGCCCAUUCAGAAUACGAGCACCACACUCCACCUGCAGCUCUCCAUCUGCCUUUUCCUGGCUGACCUCCUCUUCUUCACAGGCAUCAACAGAACUAAGCCUAAGGUGCUGUGCUCCAUCAUAGCAGGGAUGUUGCACUACCUGUACUUGGCUUCCUUUAUGUGGAUGUUUCUGGAAGGGCUACACCUUUUUCUCACUGUGAGCAAUCUCAAAGUGGCCAACUACAGCAACUCAGGCAAAUUCAAGAAGAGGUUUAUAUAUCCUGCAGGAUAUGGGCUUCCUGCUAUUAUUGUUGCUAUAUCUGCAAUAGCUGGCCACAAGAAUUAUGGAACAUAUGAACACUGCUGGCUCAGCCUUCAUAGAGGAUUCAUCUGGAGCUUCUUGGGACCAGUAGCAGCCAUUAUCCUGAUAAACCUGGUGUUCUACUUUCAAAUUAUAUGGAUUUUGAGAACCAAACUUUCUUCUCUCAAUAAAGAAGUUUCUACACUUCAAGACACAAAGAUUAUGACAUUUAAAGCCAUUGUCCAGUUAUUUGUAUUGGGAUGUUCUUGGGGCAUUGGCUUAUUUAUUUUCAUUGAAGUUGGGAAGAGAGUGAGAUCGAUCAUUGCCUAUCUGUUCACCAUCAUCAAUGUCCUGCAGGGUGUUUUGAUAUUUCUGGUACAUUGUCUGCUUAAUCGCCAGGUACGCAUGGAAUAUAAGAAGUGGUUUCAAAGACUGCAGAAAGAAGUUGAAAAUGAAAGCACUGAAGGGUCUCAUUCUACUACUCACACCAAAAUGGGCCUUUCUCUGAACCUGGAAAAUUUCUGCCAAACAGGAAGCCUCCAUGAUCCUUCUGACUCCAUCCUUCAGAGUACUGAAGUUGCAGAUGUAUACUUAACCACACCCAGAUUUCACCUGGGUGCUGAGGAUCUGAACUCAGGUACUCAUGCUUACUGGAGCAGAGUUGAUAGUGACUGAAUCAACUUCUUCCCCAAGCCUCUUGUGGUGCAUUUUCACUUGUAUUGUGCCACACACAUGAAACCAUAUUGCCAGUUUGCUAAAACAACAUCUGUUGCACAUUCCAUGAUCAUUUCAUUUCAUCUCUACUUGAAGCAUUAGCUUUCUAUUUAAAUAAUACUAUAUUUCUCUUCUUGCCUUUACAUAUAGCUUCAAUUGUCUUUAUAUAUAGUUUUAUAUAUAGCUUCAAUUGUUCCAGACCUCUGUUUUCUUUUCAAUAAACCUUUGUUGUUAUUCACUUCCUGUACAGCAUACCACUGAGAUAUUUUUAAUCAUUUUUUUAAUUUUGAGGUUACAAUAUAUUUACAUCUUUUUUCCUUUUGUUCUUUCUUACAAAACUCCUGUAUAUUUUGUUCCGGGCAUCUAUUUUCAUUCAUUUGUUUUGCAUGCAUAUAUUUUUAUGCAAUAUAUAUUCUUGCAUUCAUAAAAACAAUCUCCUUAGUCUAAGUAAUUUUUCUUCUAUGUAUGUAUUUAGAACAGGGACAAUAAUAAAGAUGGUAACAUGACCAGAGGAAAGCCCACAGGACCUCAGCCUUAUACAAAGAAUUAGAGGCAACUGAGGAAUGCUGAGUGGAAGGAAUACUCUUAUCCAGGGAGAAC